GCCAUAAUGAAGCCUCUUCUUAUUGUUUGUCUUGUUGCAUCUUUGGCGACAACCAUCUUUGGCCAGUCGACUGACAAUGAACCCACGCCAGCGUGCGCGCAAGUGAGCAGCAUUAUCAGCUCUUCGUUGGGUGCUCAACCCUCCGCAACCACUUUUGUCUUGCCAGCACAAGUUGUCCAAGAUUGUCGAGAGUCUGUACCAAUCUACAAAGAAGAUGCUCUGGACCUGAUCCUAGGUCUGCAAGCAUGGGUCCAGUCGCAGUCUACUCUGGCCUACCUCCAAAAUCCCCCACCAGGUUAUCUCAUGGAAGGCGUCGAUAUCCUUGGCGGCCUUGACAACAUCCAGCAGAAACUGGUCAACGACGAGUAUGCUGGCGAAUUGGCUUUCCAGCUUGAUAUUGCUGCUCUGAUUUUCUCCGCCCGAGAUGGUCAUUUUGUCUUCCAACCCGACCUCCUUAGCAUAUUUGCCUUUGAGAGGACUAUCGGUGGCCUUCUUUCCGUUUCCCUCGAUGGCGAGUCACCACCUGAGAUAUACUCCUAUGACGAUAUUUCUGCGUCGCGUAAUGCAUCGCUGGAUUGGCAGCCGUCUGCCAUCGUCUCGAUUGACGGAGAGCCUGUGCUGGAUUGGCUUGACUUCCAAGCUCAAAACACUACUGGUUUGAACCAAGAUCCAGAUACAAACUGGAAUGCCCUGUUCAACGAAAUCGCCAAUUCACCUGGUGCCGUAGUCGGUGCUAUGAAUGCCUUCCCAGGAGUAUCAAACAACUAUACCUUCGCCAACGGGACUUCAAGAGUAUUUCCAAUUGUCGGAAUUGCCCAGCAGGAUUUCGACGGCGUUUUUGAUGGGCCUUCGUUUUACCAAAAGUUCUGCAACGCAACCGUCAAGAUGGAAGCUGCAGCAACCACUACUUCAUCGCAACCAGUCAGGACCCAGUCUCCAAGGAGACCUGAGAGCACAGCCGACGAAGCUCUGCUGGGUUACCCAGACCCUUUCAUAACAGAUGAGGAUGGUACACUGGCAGGCUUCUUCUUGGACACAGAUGGUUUUAGAGACACCGCCGUCUUAGCUGUGAAAAGUUUUGAGCCCACCAACGACGAUUCUUUUAUCGACACAAUGAAAAAGUUUCUUGAAGAGUGUCGGCGCAGACGAUCCUCUCAUCUAAUUGUCGACGUGUCUUCGAAUGGAGGCGGGAACAUUCUUUUGGCAGUCGAUACUUUCAAACAGCUAUUCCCUACCGUUGACCCGUACCAUACCUUCUCUUUCCGGGCCACAGAUCAGCUUGAGGUUUUGAUGAACUUCUACACUUCCUUGGCCGCUGAAUUGCAAGAUUCUAGCGAACAAACCUUCGCCAAUGCCGGUGGAGAUAGCGACUAUGAUGCGAGCCCCCUUCUGGACGCAGCGGGACAGGGAUACGACAAUUUCGAAAACUACUGGCGGCCAUUCGAGGUGCACAAUGAUUCAUUCACUCCCCUGGCGAGGUACAAUCUUUCCAACGUCGAGGAAUCCGAUAUCGUAGACGGCAUCGUGGUUUCGGGCUACGGCAAUAAUCGUGAUAUAGCCCCCCAACAUUUUGCGUCGGAAAAUGUCACCAUGGUGACAGACGGACAAUGCGCCUCCAGUUGUCACACAUUCAGCCAUCUAAUGAAGUGGCAGGGAAAAGUCAAGACCGUGGCAUUUGGCGGUCGACCACAGACUGCUGGCCAGCCGAUGCAAUACGUGGGUGGCGUCAAGGGAAGCGAAAUCGUAUACCUGGGUAACUUGCUUCCUUUUGUCAGCAUGCUCUAUGGCAAUGCUCCCUCUGAGGUUAUCGAGGCAGCCGACAAAACCGGCCUAAAGACAUUGCAUGAGCUAGGAAACUACACCCUCUACCGCAGCGCAGACCCUGUUUCGUCGACCUUUGCCUCGAUCAACUACCAAAACUUCAUUGGCCAGUUUGACUCGUCGUAUACGCCAAUGCAGUUCGUCUAUGAGGCCGCGGAUUGUCGACUAUGGUACUCGGUUGACAUGGCCUUUGAUAUCACAACCAUCUGGCAGAGAGCAGCCAGUGAAGCCUUUGCCAUCGGACCGAAUUCCACAGACGUAUUCGCCGGAUGUCUCGAAGGUAGUACCAACGCCCCGAGCAGUUUAAGUGGUAAUGCCACUCUUUUCGACAAUGGCAACGUCGCCAAUGUCACCCAAUUCAUUCCAAGUACCCUCAAUGCGACAACCGAAGACGCGGCCGAUGACUCCUCCUCGACAGACGCUCCUGCGGAGAACUCGGCGCUCGAUGCAGUCCGGCAGACUGCUUACAGUAGUUUCCGAGGUUUCGGAGUACUCAUUAUUGUAUCUUUGCUGGUUCUGUAA